AGGAUGUGGUGAGUUUUUCUAUCUGAGCCCCUCACGAUGGACAAUGUUGAAGACUGCAAGAACUUCAGCGAGCUCCAGGGUUACUACAGGAGGAAAACUGAAGAAAUCGCAGCAACUACCGCCCUCAUGGCAAAAUAUUCGGACAUCAGCUCGAUAUUAGAUGAGGACAGGACAGUCUUGAACGAGAUAUGUACUGAUCUGGGCAAGAGUCAAAAACUGUUGAUAGCCGUGAAUACCGAGAAGGAAAAGUUGGCGUACACUUUGGCUUGUAAUAAGGUGACAUUAGCCCGGCUGGAUGUACUGAAAGAGCGGUUUCAGGAACAGCAAGAGAAUAUACCAAAACACAUGCCAACUCCAGCGAGUAGAAAGGAGGAGGAGGAGAAUCAGAUCGAACAAAUCGAGCAGAUCGAUAAGCCCAUAUAUCGACCGGAAACCAAAAAAUCGAAGUUACCUUGUGUGCGUUUUGAGGAAGAGACGCCAGCUAUCAAAACCAUAAAAACUCGCCAGGUUGCAAGUGCCGGAUCAAAGAUACCCAGCAAAAACAAGAAACAGAAACUAUCCCGAACGACUAUAGUGCCUUUAAUGAACUUCCUCACUACUGAAGAGUUCAAAUCUCUACCAAAGUACAUGGUGGGAAGAACAAAAUACGACCUGAUAAACUCUAUGAUUGAGGAGCUGAACACGGUGACAGUUAGCAAGUACAAGAUCAUCGACUCACCUGUCAACAAGCUCAAUUCUGAAAACAUGCGGCGGUUCAACAGGAUGACGGCGCACCCGGAGACGAAAGAUACGGCAGGGAUGGUUUGGUUUGAGGUCGAAGACGUCAAAGACUUCGCAUCAGUCCCCACUCUUGCACCUGCCUUUCUCAAGAUGGUGCCUAUUUUAAGACAUUGUCAUCGACUGAGACAAGUGAGGGCAGGAAAAGUGGAGAGAUACAUAGUCUUGCUGUGAUGAAGUGCAAAGUUGAACCAGUGUUAAGUUGGUCAAGAUAUGGUACAUUUUGAAUUUUGAUGCCAAAUCGGACGAUUUUUCUUGAAAAAAGACCUCUGUUCGUUGUUACGCCCAUGGGUUGGAAUCUUGGGACUACAGAUGGUGGAUCAUGGUAACUUAUCGUACUUCAUGCCUGACAAGAUGAAUUAUUCUUAAUAGUACAAUAUGAAUUUAUGUCCUGACUUUAAUACCGACUUUUAACUAUACCCUUACGAAACUAUUAAUAUUUAUUGUAAUGUUUUUAAUUGAUGAAAUUAACCAUAUUUUUAUCACUUUAAACAUACGG